AUGACUUCACACACUCAUUUUGGACGGGACACUAAGGCAAGCGAGGUGGCUGACGCUUUUUCAGCACAAAUCAAGGACCUGGUCGUUACAGAAAUAUCUGGGUUGAUGCUUGGUGGAGCUAUCGCGCUUGUAUUCGCAAAACAUGAACCGGAAAUGCUUAUCCCGGCAUCCCGCGCACAAUCUAAGAUGGAUGAAUUUGCUGCAAACAUCAAGGCUGUUGACGCCGAUGUGGAUGUUAGAAAUGUUCUUGAAGAUCUCCUCUCCCAAACUGCCGUCCGCCAAGCAGCAGAAGAGAUCAAGUCUCACACCGCUCGCAUUGACAUUCUGGUCAACAAUGCUGCCACGAACAUGUACGAGCGAAAACACACGUCUGAGAAUAUUGAGUAUCAGCUAGCCGUUAACCACAUUAGACCCUUCCUCCUCACCAAUCUCCUCAUGGACUUUUUCUUGGAGGCCGCUAUGUUUUCGCCGCCUGGUGCAACGCGGGUCAUUAAUAUGACCUCUGAUGGCCAUAGGGCAAGUCCCUUCAAAUUCCAUGACUAUAACUAUGAAGGCAAACCUGUAUCUCCUGAAGAGGCCGAUUCGCUUGCAGAAUGGCCGCCAGAGACGCAAAAGGCCAAUGGAGGCCACAUAGGAUUCUUGGCGUAUGGGCAAUCGAAGACAGCAAACACCCUGUUCAGUGUAGAUUUGAACAAGCUUCUUGCCCACGGGAGCAUCGUUUCAUACAUUGUGCAUCCAGGAAAUAUUAUAAUUGAGCUUGGCAGACAUAUGCACGAAGAUCCAGCGAAAAAACUGCCGGAUAUCAUGAGUGCUACAUAUCUUGACCCUAGCGUUGAAGAAGGGGCAUCAACUACGAUGGUUGCCGCUUUGGAUCCGAUCUUGACUAGCGCGGAAGGGUUAUUUCUAGAAGAUUGCCAGCUUAUUUUCGCAAAGCCUUAUGUUGUAGAUUCUGUCAAUGCUGAAAGACUUUGGGUAUUAAGCAAGAAACUCGUUGCGCGGAAGUUCUUGUAA